AUGACAGAGCAAUUAACUCACAGGGGUACCCUUAAAGGCCACAAUGGCUGGGUUACCCAAAUCGCGACCACUGCGAUGUUUCCGGACAUGAUUCUUUCGUCGUCCCGAGACAAGACCGUGAUCAUGUGGAAGCUGACGCGCGACGAUACGAACUACGGCGUCCCGCAGAAAGCCCUUCGCGGCCACGGUCACUUCGUGUCCGACGUCGUCAUGUCGUCCGACGGCCAGUUCGCUCUCUCCGGAUCGUGGGACGGCACUCUGCGCCUCUGGGAUCUGAGCACUGGACAGACGACCCGUCGCUUCGUCGGCCACACGAAGGACGUACUGAGCGUGGCGUUCUCCGCCGACAACCGGCAGAUUGUGUCGGCGUCGAGGGACAAGACCAUCAAGCUGUGGAACACGCUCGGCGCUUGCAAGUACACCAUCCAGACCAGAGACUAG